CGUCGAUAUAACUUCCGGUAUCGAAAAUCGAAGACUUCUGAGAUUUUUGUGUGUGCAGGAACUAGUCGUCUAUAUUAUUGCCAUUCUUAGAUAGAUUGUAUUUGAUGUAGAAUCAAAAAAAUAAUGUCUAAAACACCAUGAGAUAUACAUAUAACAAACAGUAGAAGUAAGAUAAAAAAAAAGAAAUGGCCAGUUCUGGUGAUGAUGGGACAGACAAAAGUAUCCCUGUGAAUUUUGUUCCAUGUAUUUCUCCAAGAGCAUGUUCUAGUGCUGUGAGUACUGAUUCUGUUGCUAGUGUUCAAGACUCCAUACAACCCGAGGAAGAAUAUCGCUAUGUUGAACUUUCCCAUCCAGCCCAGCUUUUGUCUGGGUUAAGAGACCUACAAAACAGAACACAGUUUUGUGACGUUAUAAUUUCCGUGGAUGGGCAGGAAUUUCCAUGUCAUAAAGUGGUGUUAUCUGCAUUUAGUCAGUAUUUUAGGGCAAUGUUUGGUGGAGGUUUAGCUGAAAGCCAACAAAGAAAAGUUUCACUGAAUGGCGUUGAACCGGCUAUGGUACAAACAUUAAUAGAUUACGGUUAUACGUCUGAGGUGGUGAUUACAAGACAAAAUGUCCAAUCUCUUUUAUCUGCUGCUAAUUUGUUAGAAAUUAUUCCAGUGAAAGAAGCUUGUUGUUUGUACCUUGAAAAAAACAUGGAUGAAUUAAAUUGUGUUGGUAUACACUGCUUUGCCGAACUACAUGCAUGCUCGGAAUUACAACAAAAAUCAAAAGUUUACAUAUUACACCAUUUUCAGUCAGUCUGGCAACAUGAAGAAUUUCUUCAAUUAACCAAAGUAAAAUUAGUCGAAAUUUUAUCUGAUGAUGAUCUCAACAUUGACAAUGAAGAAAUAGUUUAUCAUGCAGCUAUACGAUGGCUUGACCAUGAUGUUGGAAAUCGAAGGAAUGGAUUUGAGAGUGUUUUAGAAUGUGUUCGCCUGCCACUAGUCAGUUGUUAUUUUAUUCAUGAUCAUGUCGAAAGCCAUGAAGUUAUUAAAUGUUCUCAAGCAUGUCAGAAGCUUGUUAAGGAGGCCAAAGAUUUUCAUCUGUUACAGGACAGGAGAGCUGAAUUUUCUAGUCCACGUACAAAAGUUAGGAAAUCUUCAGAUAAAACAGAAGUCAUUGUAGCUGUUGGAGGAGAAGAUGAUAAAGUUGUACUCAGAAGUGUGGAGACCUAUGACCCUAACACAUUGUCAUGGAAACCAUUAGCCUGCCUUCCAUUUGCAAUCAGUAAACACGGAAUUGUAUCAGCAGGUGACAGUUAUCUUUUCCUGGCUGGUGGUGAAUACCCUGAUGGAUCAGCCAACAAAAGUGUAAUGAGAUAUGACCCUUGUCUGGAUGUUUGGACUGAAGUGGCACCAAUGAACAUAGCCAGAUCUGAACUAGGUUUGGUGAUGUUGGACGGAUUUAUGUAUGCUAUAGGGGGCUGGGAUGGUAACGUCAGAUUGGACAGUGUAGAAUAUUACAACAUAGAAACCAACGUCUGGACCAUGAUUCUACCAAUGAAGAUAGCACUAACCAGUCCUGCAUGUGUAUCUCUCAAUGGCAUGUUGUAUGUGACAGGUGGCGCUGUGUUAGAAGAUGGAGAUGGAAUUGACAUUGUACAGCUAUUUAAUCCACGUACCCAGACAUGGAGUGAAAUGAGGUCGAUGAAGAUUCCACGGUCAGGUUCUGGUGCCUGUGUACUGGAUGGAAAAAUCUAUGUCAUAGGAGGAUGGCAUGCUUCCACAGAGAACACAAAGCGAGUAGAAUGUUAUGAUCCAAAGACCAACACAUGGAUAGAAAGAUGUCCUCUACAUGAGAGAAGAUAUAGGCCAGGUGUAGCGGUGGUUGGUGGUAAAAUAUAUGCCUGUGGGGGAGAAGAAGGUUGGGACAGAUAUCAUGAUACAAUUGAAUGCUAUGAUCCUAUAACUGACAGCUGGGAAAUUAUCGGUGAAAUGCAAACCAGUCGUAGUUGGUUAAGCUGUGUUUCCAUGGUGAUACGAAAAGAUCUGAUUGGCAAGGACAGAAAUACAACACACCAGUGCACUGUCUAAUUUAAUGGCAGCCACUAAAAAUAAAAUAAGCAUAAUGUGAUUAUAUAUAUAUGAAACCAUGUGAUUACAUUGAGAAAUACCAUUUGAGGCUCACUUAUUGAUUGCAAAUCAAUGUGUGUUCUUGAACUUUUGACUUCUGGUUUCAACAGUAGGCUUCAGGAUGUUUGUUGCUCUGUUUCAAAAUAACAAGCUUUUAAAAAGACUGUUAUAAAUGGUAUACUGUGGAUUCAUUAUUAUUCGUUGGAUACCAAUUUUCGUGGGUACAGGUGAACCACGAAUUCAAAUGUUCAAGGAAUUGCAAAUUUUCUAAAGGCUUUGUAUGCACACAUUGGCAAAACCACGAAAUCAAAUAUCCACGAAAUUGCACAUUUUCCUCUAUCCACGAAAAUUGAUACUCACUAAAAUAAAUGAAUCCACGGUAUAAAUGACAGAACUAAAAAGCAGAGAAAAAUGAAGGUCUGUGUCCUUGUUUUUGAGAUAUAAGCUAUUGAAAAUUUGGUGGAAAAUGAUUCACUCUAGAUUUUUCAUACAUCUAAUAUUGGCCUUUUUUCUUCAUUCAAAAACAAUGAAAAAAUAACAAGGAUUUUAUAAGAUUUUCAAAGUAUAUGUAAUCAAGUUAUGGGGAAAAAAAGUAGGGGUUAGCAGGCAAAAUCUUUAUUGGCACUUCACAGAAAAAACCAGAGGAGUCUGAAUAUUUGAAAAAAGUGAAAAACUGUGUCAGCGACCAUCCUUAAAUGAGUUUAUAUUGUCUGUAAUUGAUUGACAGAUGAUUUGUGCAUUGUAACUUUUCAAUGCAUGGCAAAUAACCUUUUACAGUACUAUGGAAAAUAUUUUAUUCAUGGGAUACCAACUUUCUGGAAUUUAUAAGUAUAGGUUAAACACGCAUUUAGGUGGGCUAUGAGUACACAUUUUCUGUAUGCUUGUUUGCUAACUUUGAAAAAAACCACGAAAAUCAGAUAUCAAAGAAAAUACCAUUUUUUCUCAAUCCACUAAACUUGGUUUAAGGGAAACAAAUUAUCUACAGUAUGUUCAACAUAUAAGGAAAUUUUUAUCAUUUAAGGAAAUGAAAUUUUUUCCUGAUUUUUUAAUAUCACAAUAGUAGAUGUUUGAAGCCACUGAAGUUAGCUGGUUCUAAUGUGAGGUCAGUUGUUUAAAAGUCAGUGAGCGCAAAUUUGUAUACAACAUCUUGAUUUGUCAUUAAUGAAGGCAGAUAGUACUAAGUCAGUCUAAUUAUGAAACUAGUGGCAAAGUGAAGAAUAAAAUUAUUUUGAUUUUGGAUUAGAUAUUGAAGUUUUGAAUGAUAAGUUUAACCUAGUAUAUCAUCCUUUAUCGUUUUAUCUAAUUGAGAAAACCAACUAGGAUACAUGUUCUUUUUUUAGUGGGUGGGGGUGGGGGGGGUGGUGAUUCAACAAUCAAUCAAUGAAUCAAUGAAUCACAGUUUGAACAAAAUCAUGUGCCAAAGUUUCAAUUUGAAAAUAAAACAAUCGUGUAAUUUUUCCUGUAUUUAUUUAGUAAUUAAUUGUUAAGGGGGUACAGAACACAUAAAGGAGUUAACUCUUCCUAAAUCAGCUGAACAUUUUAAUCACAAAUUAUUAGUAAAGAGAAAUCAAGCUUCUUAAUGAUCAAAAUUAGUGUUUGUCAAACUGCUAUAUAUCCAAUGAAAUUAUUCCUGUUAAUUGUGUGGUUCAAAUUUUUUGUAACAGCUCCAAAUAAUUAUUUUGUCAGUUUUAUGAAAAUUAAACGAGGCCAAAUCUUUUUUAGUCAAAGUGUUGGGUACCCCCUUUAUUAUAGAUAUAAGUAUUAAGAAUACUGUUUUAGCUGAUACAUUGAAUGCAUAAUAUUUCCAGCCAGGUAAUAUAUAUAUAGUUAUUGCUAUUUUGUGUAUUUUCCCUUUGAUUUUGUUUUGGAUAAUUUUUCAAAUCAUACUACUUGCUAUUAGCUUCUGAGGGCUCACGUGCCAUUGCCAAUGUAAACAUCAACGACAUCAUUGGAAAAAUAGCAAUAAACAGAUUAUCAAUGGUCAUUCAAACUCUAGGAUGUUUCUCAGUGACAUCUUAUCUCAGGGCUGUCGCCCUUCAAUGAGAUUGUAGCUGAGAAACACCCUCUUGUUUAAAAAACCAUCAGUAAUCUAUAAAUAUUCCAGUAAUUGUUAACAGUAAGAUCUGAGUAGAAAGAAUAAUCUUUUACAAUCUGUAAAUUUAGAUUAUUUUUGUAACAAUUCAUUACUGUUAAUAUUUCAUGCAAUAUGAGAUGAGAGGUUAAUUUUUCAUUCAUACAUAGAUUUACGUUAUAUAUAUGAAAAUUUAUCAAUUUUUAGCUAUAAAUUAUAACCUUUACGUCUAAUUUUGUGUAGAUGGUAGGCUAUUGAUCUCAGCUGUUAGAUUUUAUCUUUUUAUUUUUGUGCAGGAGAGGGGUGGGGAUGACGAGUUUGUCAUGUUCUAUAGUAGUGUGUCUGUUGUUGAAGACUAUGGGUUGACCUCUGGAUGUCUUAUCAUGUGUUGUGUGUUAACAUUUCUGUCUCAUUGAUGUAUACCAAUUAUCUCCCUUGAUUCAUAUUGAAUACUGAGUGUUUUAAUGUCCAAUUUUCAUAGGGAUAUUUCUCUUGAAAGCAAAUUGUUAAACUCACAUUUUAUUUUGGUGAGUUUAAAAAAUUAUGUUACAUAUACUUUUAUUAUAGUAUAUCAAUACUUUUUGACUACAUUUUGUAUGUGAAUAGAGUUGAAUCAUUUGCAGAAAAAAGAGGAAAAUACAUAAUUUUUUUUUAUAUAUAUUUCAUAUUCCCAAGGAGAAUAACUGCAAAACCCAGCAAAGUGAAUUUAAGUAUUAAAUUGACAUUAAAUGUCAUCAGUACAAUUUCUGUUGGAUGAUAAAUUUGAAAACGAUAAAUUCAGAACUUACUGCAUGCCUUCAUUUUUUUAGAUUGUCUAGCAAUGGACACAAACACGAGAUUAAUUUUUACAAUAUCAGGAAACGCUGCACAUAAAUAAUGCUAUUGAAAUUGAAAAUAUAAGGUUAUAUUUAUAUGAAACCUAUUCUGUUGCAAUUUUCAAAAUGAUUAAAAUUUCAGAAAAAUUUCUUCAUUUACAGUAUCAUAUUUUUGACAAUGUAAAGAGAUCUGUUUGAAACAAUUUUACUAGCAUUACAAAACAUCUGACAUAUAAAGUUCACCAAUUGAUUAAAUAUCACAAGAAACCACACUGUUCCCUUUUAAAAAAAAACAUAUAUUUCAAUUGAAAAAUUUAGUCCGUUGAAAAGUGUCAAUAUUGAGUCACCAGGUUAUAUUUCACAUGUAAAACUGGAAGGGUAGUAUUUUAAACAUACUACAAUUGAAGAUUGCAUGCAGUGUAUGCUAUGUGAUUUUUUAACCUUAUAUUGAAAUUUCAGAGGUGAUUUUAUUGGAAUUGUGAAAGAAAAAGUUGUCAUAUCAUGUAAUGUCAGGGAGGAGUUUAUUUUUCUAUGUUCAGAUCAGGGAUACUUUUAUUACAAUCUGUAAAUUCUGUAACAAUAAUUGUGUGUUUGUAUGAUGUUAUGAAAUUUUUUUUUAAUAACACCAGUAUUAAUAUUAUUGUCUUGAUUUAAUUGGAUAAUGUUGAUUUCAUAACUGUAUUUUUAAAAUCAGAUUUUGUAUUGUCCAUUCAUUAACUUCCCAGUCCAACGACUUCUAUCAAAUCAUAUGUGUUUGUGUAUAAGGUAUUCAAUACUCAAAUCCUACGUACAGGUCAGGGGUUUCAGUGAGAAAAAAAUAUCUUCUGAAUCGAGGAAAAAAAAUCUACAUUUACCAGCACACGUUAUACACAAUCACCACUACACUGGUAUUAGUUUGUGCACUGUAUAUGUAUCUGCAUGUAUCAAUGUACAAUACAUGCAAGGUUUGUUAAAGUAAACCAAAUGAAUGUCCAAACCAUACGUGGUACAUGAUUGCUCUUACGCCUAUUUUGAAACAUGCUCCAAGCAAUCUCAGACUUCUCCAUACUGGAGGCCAAAGCUGAAAUAGCAAAAUCUAACUGAACUGUAUGGGACUAUGGAUUUAAUCAUUUGUUUCGGAUAUCAGCUUUUCUGUAUUGAGGCAAAAAUGCAUUUUGAUGAAUACUUGAUCUAAUGACUUUAACAAAUUCUGCAUACUAACUUAAAAAUGAAAUUUGUAUUUGCUUUAGCACUUUAGGUGAAGGUACAGUAAAUUCGUUUUUUUUUUAGGAAAAUCUAUUCAUUUUACAACUUGUACAAUUUAAGAUUUGAUGAUUUUAAGACAAAUUAAUGAUUUUUUUUCUCCAAUUUUAUUUGCUUUCUAUAUACAAAUGUUCACCUAUUUUGAAAAAAAUCAUACAAUUAUAUUUGAGAGAACCAGAGAUAUAAAAUGCAUUUUUUAUUCUAUUUUUAGGUAUACAUUGUACUUCAAUUAGCCAAAGUUUUUGCAAAAUGCUACCCAAAUCUGUGACAGCCCAUUUACUUACUUGACCUUAAUUUGUUCACCUUUUCAGAUGAAAUCCAUGAAAUCUAAUACUGUAAAUUCAGAAAUUAUUGCGUGAAUUUAUUAUUGCCAUCUUUGAAGACAGGACAAAAAUGUGAGAUUAAUUAUUGUGAUUUCAGGAAAAUCUGCAUACAAUUAUAUGUAUCUUCUAUCUGAACGUGAGUUCUUAUUAUUGCGAAAAUCAACAUGUCUUAUUAUUUGCAUUAAUAAAAACCUUGCAAUAAUUUCUGAAUUUACAGUAUUCUCAUUGCUGAUUAUGACUAAACAUUAUUUGCUAUGUUAUUUGUAUUAUGAAUGUAAAUUCGAUUACUGCAGCCAAUCAAUCUGAUUAAAAUACAGAUCCUGUGUCCAUGUUUUGCUUAUAAGGAUCUGACAACACUCAGUUCUAAUUUUUCUCAAUUUUGGGUCCUAAAUGCUAUUCAACUGCAUACUUUAUUGGGCUUUGAUUCGAGUGUCACUGAUGAGUCUUUUGAAAUUUGGGCUCUGGUAAUUAUUACAUCAGCCAAUGAAAUUUCAGCCUUCAAAUUUUUGAAGGUGUGAAUCAUGACGACAAAACCAGAAAAUUCUGAAAAGUCUUUAAAACAGAAAAUUAAAUUGAUUGUUGUAAGAGCCUUGUAAGCAAAGCGUGGACACAGGAUCCGUAUUUUAAUAUAGUUGCAGCCAAUUGGUUUUGACAGUUCCCAGUUAGGGAUUGUCAGUUUUAUAACGGAGGAUUUGCCAAGCAUUGCCAUUGUUUUAAAGUUGUAAUGCAGAGAGUUGAGAGUUGUUUCAAUCCAUGUUAUGUUAUGGUAGACUUAUUUUCUUUUAAUUUGAUGACUUUUAUGGAACAUUUGCCAAAUGUAAAUGUUCUGAAGAUCUGCAAUAAAUGUUUCUUUUCAUGCAAAGCAUGAUGAUUUCAGAA